CUUCAACCGAGACGCCAAAACGAGUCUUUUCAUCUCCACCAUGUCACCGAGACACGAGCUGAGCGAGCCCAGCACGAUAUGAGGAGCGCGUGUCUGCUUUUACAUCUGAUUUUCAGAGUGGAAGAAAUCAUUCCAGCGAGAUAGAGACUUUUCUUUUUGACUUUUUUAUCUGACUCCGACUAUAGAGUAGGUGAAGAUCUGCAGGCAAAGACGACCAGAGAGCAGAAGGACGCCGGAUUGAUCAGCUUUAAAAGGCGAAAUUGGACACCAUGAGUUCCGAUAAGUCAAAAAUGGAAGAUGAGGCGGUGUUGGACAGAGGAGCGUCCUUUCUCAAACACGUCUGCGAUGAGGAGGAAGUGGAAGGUCACCACACCGUGUACAUCGGCGUGCACGUUCCCAAGAGCUACCACCGGAGGAGACGCCACCGACGCAAGUCCAGCCACAAGGAGAAGAGGGACCGGUCGGACCACGGCACCGAGGGGUACAAAUCGGACGGGGACGAGUCCAGCACCAACAUCCUCAAACCUCUGAUUUCUCCAGCUGAGAGGAUCCGCUUCAUUCUUGGAGAGGAAGACGAUGGCCCCCCUCCUCCUCAGCUCUUCACCGAGCUGGAUGAGCUCCUGGCCGUUGACGGACAGGAGAUGGAGUGGAAGGAGACAGCCAGGUGGAUCAAGUUUGAGGAGAAGGUGGAGAAGGGCGGCGAGCGCUGGAGUAAGCCUCAUGUGGCCACGCUGUCCCUACACAGCCUGAUGGAACUCAAAACCUGCAUCGAGAAGGGCACCAUCAUGUUGGACCUGGAGGCCACCACGUUGCCACAAAUAGUUGAGGUGAUCACAGACAGUCAGAUCGAGAACGGUCAGCUGAAGCUGGACCUGAAGGAGAAAGUCAUGUACACACUGCUACGAAAGCAUCGCCACCAGACCAAGAAGUCCAAUUUGCGCUCUCUUGCCGACAUUGGCAAGAGCGUUUCAAGUGCAAGUAGGCUCUUCUCCAACCAGGAGAAUGGUAGUCCGACUACUACCCACAGAAACCUCACCUCCAACAGCCUGAGUGACUUCUCUGACAAACCGGAGAAGGAUCAGUUAAAGAAUAAAUUCAUGAAGAAGCUUCCCAGAGAUGCAGAGGCGUCAAACGUUCUGGUUGGAGAGGUAGAUUUCCUGGAAACUCCCUUUGUGGCGUUUGUUCGUCUGCAGCAGGCCGUCAUGUUGGGGGCUCUGACUGAAGUCCCUGUGCCCACAAGGUUCCUCUUCGUCCUGCUGGGCCCCAAAGGAAAAGCAAAAUCCUAUCAUGAAAUUGGAAGAGCCAUUGCAACACUGAUGUCAGACGAGGUUUUCCAUGAUAUUGCCUACAAGGCGAAGGACAGACAGGACCUGCUGGCAGGUAUCGAGGAGUUCCUGGACGAGGUUAUCGUCCUGCCUCCAGGAGAGUGGGACCCUGAGAUCAGGAUAGAGCCGCCCAAGUCUCUGCCCUCCUCAGACAAGAGGAAGAACAUGUACGCUGGAUUGGACCUGCCUCAGAUGAACGGAGACACUCCCCACGACGCGGGACACGGAGGGGGAGGAGGACACGAGGUUGGAGAGGAGCUUCAGCGAACAAGAAAGUUUUGUGGAGGUCUCAUCCUAGACAUCAAGCGGAAGCUGCCGUUUUUUGCGAGCGACUUCUACGACGCGCUACAUAUCCAGUCUCUGUCGGCCAUCUUGUUUAUUUACCUGGGCACGGUCACCAAUGCGAUCACGUUUGGAGGAUUACUUGGGGAUGCAACAGAAAACAUGCAGGGAGUGCUGGAGAGUUUCCUGGGUACGGCGUUGACGGGGGCAGUGUUCUGUCUGCUGGCCGGACAGCCGCUGACCAUCCUGAGCAGCACGGGCCCGGUGCUCGUCUUUGAACGGCUCCUCUUCAACUUCAGCAAAGACAACGGCUUCGACUACCUCGAGUUCCGGCUGUGGAUCGGCCUGUGGUCGGGCGCGUUAUGUCUUUUGCUGGUCGCCACAGACGCCAGCUUCCUGGUCCAGUACUUCACUCGUUUCACGGAGGAAGGCUUCUCUGCGCUCAUCAGCUUCAUCUUCAUCUACGAUGCUUUCAAGAAGAUGAUCAAACUGGGCCACUACAACCCCAUCAAUGCUGGUUAUGACCCCAACUUAGUCACGCAAUAUGACUGCAGAUGCGUACCUGGCAACACAACAGAUCUCUUCGAAGCUGCGGCGUUGACGAACAGUUCUGAUCUGUCGAUGAACUCCACCUGGGAGACCCUGACUAAAAAGCAGUGUAAGAUGUUUGGAGGUCAUCUGGUCGGAGAAUCCUGUGGAUACGUGCCUGACAUCACCCUGAUGUCCUUCAUCUUGUUCUUUGGGACGUACACCUGCUCCAUGGCUCUGAAGAAGUUCAAGACGAGCCGCUUCUUCCCCACAAAGGUGAGGAAGCUCAUCAGUGACUUUGCAAUCAUCCUGACCAUCCUUGUCUUCUGCGGCGUGGACGCCUUCGUCGGUGUGAACACUCCAAAGCUCAUAGUGCCAAGUGAAUUCAAGCCCACGAGUCCACUAAGGGGAUGGUUUGUUCCUCCGUUUGGGGGAAACCCGUGGUGGGUGUACCUGGCUGCUUCGCUCCCUGCUCUGCUGGUCACCAUCCUCAUCUUCAUGGAUCAGCAGAUCACUGCAGUGAUUGUUAACAGGAAGGAGCACAAGCUGAGGAAAGGGGCAGGCUAUCACCUGGACCUGUUCUGGGUGGCCAUCCUGAUGAUCAUCUGCUCGUUCAUGGGUCUGCCGUGGUACGUGGCUGCCACUGUCAUCUCCAUCGCCCACAUCGACUCUCUGAAAAUGGAGACGGAGACGUCGGCCCCCGGGGAGCAGCCCAAAUUCCUGGGAGUGAGGGAGCAAAGAGUCACAGGUAUCUUCGUGUUCCUCCUCACUGGACUAUCUGUCUUUAUGGCCCCCAUCCUCAAGUUCAUUCCCAUGCCUGUGCUCUAUGGCGUGUUCCUCUACAUGGGUGUGGCUUCACUCAAUGGCGUGCAGUUCAUGGACCGCCUGCAGCUGCUCCUAAUGCCAGCCAAGCACCAACCGGACCUGAUCUACCUGCGACACGUCCCCCAGAGGCGCAUCCACCUCUUCACCUUCAUCCAGGGUCUCUGUCUGGCCCUCCUGUGGAUCCUCAAGUCGACAGUGGCUGCCAUCAUUUUCCCUGUCAUGAUCUUGGCUCUCGUUGCCGUUCGUAAAGCGAUGGACUACGUGUUCUCCCAACACGACCUGAGCUACCUGGACGACGUCAUCCCGGAGAAGGACAAGAAGAAGAAGGAGGAUGAGAAGAAGAAGAAAGGAAAGAAGAAGGGAAGCAUCGACAGUGAAAUGGAAUUUUCCGACUACCCCUACCAUGACAAUAUCCCCAGUAUAAAAAUCUCUAUGGAUAUGAUGGAGCAGGAGCCCAUGUUGGGGGAUAAAUCUUUGGAUAGAGAUGAAUCCAAGACUUUCCUUAACACGCAUUCCCCGUGCUGAGCACUACUUUGAGUCUCCCACUGUGGCCGAGUGAUCUUGAAAAAGGAGGCUACACUAAAGGUUCGCCUCAGAUUCGAAUAGGGAGGGACGCUGGAGAGAACGGUUUCGUCUGGAGGAAGAACUCUGAAACCGAUCUGUGAAUGAAAUAUCUGAAGAUGCAGCUGCGUCGCAAACAAUAACCGUCCUCUUUUUUUUUGUAUUAUAGCAUUUUUAAUACUUCUCUUGUGAGGAUUGAAUCAAAAUGGCUGGAAAGAUUCUGUCUUAAGAUGCAAACACUCCGGUGGUACUGAUUUAUAAUCAGGGCUGAAACGGGAUACUUUUGAGUAUUCUUUAUUUAUCCUGACAGACAAAAGGGCUACUUGAGGUCAUAUAUAUGCAGUUUUUAUGCAAUAUUAACAUUUAUUAUUGUGUACACUUUAAUAACUUAUAAUAAGCAUCCAACCAAAGAUGUAAAAGCAUGAAACAUGCCCAUUUAAAGACAUUUUUAGACCACAGAUGUUUUAAUUUCACUGUGUACAUAUCAGGAGUUUCCUGCUUGUAUUUAUAAGAGAUUAGCUACCUGAUAGACUGUAUUCCCACUGCGGCCAUGCUCUAAUUUACUCUUAUAUUCUAGGUUGUUUUCCAUUUAAACACUGCAGUUUUGGCAGCUGUUUUUAUUUGAUUAAUUCCAAUUGAAAAGCGACUACAAAGACGAUGCAUGCUUAAAAUCCGGGAAGAAAUCAGACCACAUUUCCUGUUAGAAAACAUUUUUGACAGAGCUUAAGCUACUCCCUGUUCAAAGCUAAUGCCAGCACUGAGCCACGUCCGAGAUACCUUUUGAUAAUUACAAACAUAAUCUAAGUGGAAGAAAUAAGAUAUUAUGGUUCAGAGAUGGAGCCAGAGGUGAUCAAAAUCUGCCCAAACUUAAGAGGGUCAAGGGCCAUGCUUCCCCUACUUUUGCUCAUUAGGCUGUCAUAUGCAUAAUUUUCAAGGAAUUUUAAAUACAUUUUAUAUUUGAAAUGCUGACAAAAAUAAAAUGAUGUAGUUUGACCUGCAAAAAGCCUCCUUUGGCACCAACAUCAUUUUCCAUUUGUUCUCAAAAUGUCUUAAUCACUCUGUAAUCAUAACUAUUGCAUUGAAGAUCAAUAAGUUUACUUCUUUCUCUUUAAAAGGUCAAAAAACUAUCCAGGAAUUUGGAGUGGAAGUUCCCAGUUGAAGCUAUUAUUUUUUUAAAAGGACAUAAAAAGCAAAAGUGUCAUUUCAGAUACGUAUAUAUUGAAUUAUUUUGAUUUUUUUCUUUAUAAAAAUGCAGAAAAUUUCAAUAUUUGAUACAAUGUUUAAAUAUUAUGUUGAGUCUUUGUCAUUUUGGCUACAAGAAUGGAAUUUCCCUGUUGUGGGAUCCAUUUGUUCAUUCAGCAGCAACUUACCUCUUUUCAAUUUGAAAGAUUUAGGGCUUUUGGGAAAACAUGCAGCAACCCAAGCUUAUGGCUCAUUUUAAACAUAUUUAUUCAAGCCUGGGCAAAAACCUACAUAUUCUUCUAAACCUGAUCUGCCACUUUCCUUGUGGCUUUUUAUUUCAGUACGGACAAACUGGUUGGAAACACCUCGUCAGUACGAGAAAUACCAGGAUCAUUUGUGCACCAGCUCUUCUUAACAUGUGCAGAAAUAAAUGCAGAGUGCGUUCAAUCGCACCGGUGUUUAUCUGAAUAUGCAAUAUUGCCCUCAGACAGAAAUGACGCAGCCAUUUUUCUAUUUUUUUUUUUUUGCAUAAAUCAGUGCUAUUGGUCAUCCUUUACAUCUGUUGGUGUGUUUUGACAAGAUAAAAAGUGUAAAAAAGAUGCUGACUAUGACAGUUUAUCUGAAAAACCAUCAUUUUUGUCAGUCCUUGUGCAUGGUAGUUCUGGAGAUACAAGGUUUUGGCCUGCCAGCGAUACAGUGGUGCUGAAAGUUAUGAUUGAUAAAUGCAAAAGGAAAUGCAUUAUAAUGCGCAAAUUAUUUACAUGGAAUUUUCACAUUUGUCACCAAAAUGGACAAAAUUAAAACAUUUUUUCCAACUUUUGAGAUGUCAUACACGCCACAGUGCAAAAGUAGCAUUGAAAACUGUCCUAGUGUUGACAUUUUCUGCAAUUAUUCCACAUUGUGAAGCACACAUUUUGCCUUUCAUGUUGGUUUAAAAGAAAUCAUAAUUUUUCAAAAUAAAAGUACAGCCCCUUCCUAUGUUAUAUAACUAUAUUAAAGAUGCAUCAGACAGUUUGUGCUCUUUCUUAGGAGACAUUUUCUGCAUUUUCAUAAAUAAUUCCACACCUUGAAGCACAUAUUUUACCUUUAUGCCAAUCAGAUUUUUUCAGACAAGUCUCACCCUUCUUAUGUUAUAUAACUAUAUGAAAAAUUUACAGUUUUAAAAUUUUUAUUUCUUUAAGAUUCAGAUGGAAAAAUAAUCGAAAAAGAAACACUGUUGCCUCUGUUUAAGCUCCAUUAUUCACAUUGAAUUGCUGCAUCAUCAAUGUAAUUUGGCGCUCAUAUUUCCCACUGAGAGGCCGUUUAAUGACUUUGUCAUUACCCUAAAAAGAAUCAGAAAUAAAAAAAAGAAAUCUGAAUUGAAGCGUACAUCCAUGAUGAGGUUAUGAUGACUGCCCUGCACUGUUAAUGCGAAGCUAAGAUAUUUACACUUAAAACCCUCUUCUAAAUGGCUUGCUACUACAAUCGUUUUUAUGCUUAUGGAAAUGUUAAGAGCAUCUGACGUCAUUUGACUAAUAGUUUGGUUAGCAAGCAUGUUUUUUCAUAUGACAUUUGCUCCAAUCGCUCUCAGGAUUUUCAGUGUUCUUCAUCUUCAUAGUCGCUUUCCAAUCAGGAAAUGAUAACAUGAAAAUGCCUGUCAGAAUGUCAUGAUAGUGUUUAUUGUCCCUUCAUAAGAGCAUGUCCUCUGCAGGAAUAAGGUCUAUAACACCAGCAAUAAGAAGCCUCUCUUUUACUGUAUGAUUUUCUUAAGUAAACACAACAGCUUUUAGCAGAGGAGUUUUGCAUUUUUUUCAUGUUUUUAAUCAUUUAAGUCAAAAGUACUUGUACGAUGAGAUUAAAAGAGUGCAUUUGCUUUUAUAUUAGAGAACAAAAGGACAUCAAUUUUGAAUCAACAAAUGGGCAUAGUGAUCAUUAAUCAAGCAUCGAUCAAAGGCUGCAUAUUCACAGCGAUAGAAUCAAGCUUAUUUUAGCAUCGAGACUGGAAAUUCUGUUUUUGUUUCCUUAUCUUCCAUAUUUAUUUUAUUUAAACGCUCUGUGGAACAAAUUGAAUCUGAAGUAUAUUUUUUCUCCUUGGUCUGUAUCCACUUGGCUGUAUUUUUCCCCGUUUAAGGGAGAUUUAGAUGUAUUAUACUUUAUAUAGCUCUACCUCUUCUGUUUCUCUGUAGGUGCCAGGCAUUUUCAGCAUCUUUUGUGCAGUUUUUAUGUGAUCAAACACUGAUUUAUUUUUCCUUAACUGGCACUGUGUAAGAUCUUUGAAUCCUCACGCUGAGUCCUUUUUAUGCUCUUUGACACUUAAGAUAUUAUAUUCUAUUUUUUGUUAAUCAGUAUGAGAUAGUUAUGUACAAUUUAUUUUAUACGGAAGCCUCAAAAAGGACAUGCAUAUUUACAUUUUAUUUACUCCUUUUCCUACGAUGACGAGGUCCUUCUGUCUGUUUUCUUUAGGUCAUCUUACACUCACUGACCACUUUAUUAGGUACACCUGUUCAGGUACUUUUAAUGCAAAUAUUUCAUCAGUCAAUUACAUUGCAGCAACUAAUGACAAGUCGCUUAAUUCACCUUUGACUUGUGCUCAUUGUCUCGACCAUGUCUGCAUGCCUAAAUGCACUGGGUGCUGCCAUGUGAUUGGCUGAUAAGAUUUUUUUUGUUAACAGGCAGUUGAACAGGCGUACCUAAUGAAGUGGCCGCUUAUCCUGUCUCGUAAUGUUCUUGGUUGUUUUAGAAUAUUUCAGUCAUUUUUUCAAGAUUGCUAGAAAUGAAGUCACAUAAAUGUCAUUGGCUGUAAAGUUAACGAGGUAUCCAGUUAAAGCUCUCAAGAACACAGAUAGAAAUAACUCGUUAUAGAAAGGAAAAGGAGUAAGAUAAUGUGUAGAUGUAUGUUAGCUGAGGCUAAAUCCAAUUUUAAAUUAUUCCCACUCCAGCAUGAAGGAUAUUUAACCCUAAAAUUGCCAUUUGGUAACGAGACAUUGUAUUUUCUGUUUGUUUUUUGUAAUGAAGUUGGGUGUCUGAUAUCCUCACACGCUUGACCGUAGACCCUCGAAGUCUUGAGUAAAAUUUUCCUUUAAAAUGUGAUCAUAUUUAAAACUUUUAAUGUGAUAAAUUCUCAAGCUUUGAGCUCAUUUUUUAAGAAAGUAUGUUGUGUGUGUGUUUUUUUUAUUAUGCAAAUCAACAAACAAUCACUGUGAGGCUAUGCAAUAUUGUGACUGUGUAGGGUUUUCCCUUUAAAGCUGAAGAUUUCCUUGGACACAUCAUGAGCUGUAAUCCAUUUAGCGACAGUUUGAUUAGCGAUGUCUUAAAUUUUCAUGUAACUGCAAUGACUUGAUCACGUCUGAUGCUGAUUGAAUUGUUUAACUAAUUCAGUCGAUUUUUAGGAUAUUUAUCUGAAUGUAACAUCUCAAUCAUUUUAAUGUACAUGUGUAUAUAUAUCUUACUAUGAUGGAAAAUGAUGUUCACAAUCACUGCCGUUCUGAUUCAUAGGGCUUCGAUCAUUGCUUUCUUAAAAAUAGAUUCUCAUUUAUUCUCAGAAUGUGAAGCUUAAGACUGUUAACCAAAAAUCACAAACCACAUCGUCUUCCACUUCAUGCGAUCUGUAUAUCUUGACUUUUGAUUCCACAAUAAAUGUAAUAUUUUUGAUGUUUGUAACUCUGAAAUCGAUUUUAUACCAAUAUAUCAUUAGCUCAAUAACCAUAGGUUACUCUGAAGGAAGCAGAUGUCUGUUUUUUAUGGACUAGUGUUUUCAAUGAGAGCAAUAAAACAGUCCAAAUGAUUCUUAAA